AUGAUUUCAUCUCCAAUUAAAACAAUUGUUGAACCUGCAACAUUAUCACUUCUAUCAUCAGAUUUACCAUUAAAAAAAUAUCAAAAAAUAUUUUUAACAGAGACAUUUUUAACUAAACUUAUUCGAGCUAUUGAUGAUUUAUCUCAAAAUGAUUAUUCUCCAUAUCAUGUUAAAUAUAAAGUUAUCGAUCGACUGGUUCGUCUUUAUUCGAAAUUGAAUAUUAUUGAUACAUUAAUCGAUCCAAUUGUUAAAUGUUUAUGUUCAAAAUUUUAUCAACAAAUUUUUACAACUAUUGAAUCAGAACAAUUUCGUUUAAAUCCAAAACAAUUAUUUUUUAUCUAUCAGUGUUCACAUUUUAUUAUCCAACAUGAAUUUCUACAACAAGAACAAAUUAUUAAUUUAUUAUGUCCAACCAUGAUUCAUGUUACAAAAUCAAUCAUUGAAAAUAUUUUACCAAUGGAUGGUAACCUAAUUCUAUUUUUCAAAUCGAUGACAUAUCACAUAGUUAUUUUUUCAUAA